ACGCGCGCCCGUGAAUGCGCGGCCCGUUUGCGCCAUCGAGAGAUGCGUUGCGCGAGAGGUGCGAGCCGGAAUUGCAUGCAGACGGAUCGCUCGUCCAGCCAGAGCCAACAGUAGUGCAGCAACAGCAGCAGCAGCAGCAGCAACGGCAGCGGCAGCAGCGGCGGCGGCAGCGACAACAAGCGGCAAGAUCGACGGCGGCGGUGGCGGCUAGACAGCAAUUGAACGCAUCGCGGAACCGCGAUGCCGGUGUUACUCCGGCAAAGAAACGGCUGUGCCAUGUAAACGAUCGCGUCGUCGCGUCCGCUAUAAUGCGCUGUGGAUUAAGAAUAGUUACUUGCCACGAAAAUCCAGUGGUGCUGGCAUGAUAAAAUAAGGGAAGCGAAGGAGAUGAGCCACAAUAUUGCGGGCAUGCCACCCUUCACAAGGAUGCCAUUGGGGGGUAUGGGAAUGGGUGUGAAUAUGGGCCCCAAUGCCCCACAUUCUGACUCUUCAGCUCACCCCCAUCCACCACCGCCACCACCAGCUGGUGCUAAUCCUAAAAAGAAAAGGCGUACAAAUGCAAGUGUUGCCCAACCACCUCCGCAACAACCUCCAUCUGUACAGGAUCUACUACCCCCGCCUUUAACUGGUUACGGUGACACAAUAGUAGCGAGUAAUCCUUUCGAUGAUACGCCCCCGCAAACACCGCAAAGUCCAAUGAUGCAUGGCGCGCCUUCACAUAUGCAUCCACAUCAUCCACAUCACAUGGGUGGUCCUCCUAUGCGAGGUAUGAGUCCUUUAACCACGAUAGGUGGCAUGAGUCCUAUGAUGCCACAUAACAUGGGCAAUAUGAGCCCUAUGGGUAAUUCACCCAUGACAAAUCAUAUGAAUCACAUGGGAGCUAUGUCUCCCAUGAAUCAUGCUCCUAUCGGAGGUAUGAGCCCUAUGAAUAACAUGGGUCCGAACAUGCCUCCCGGUCCAAUGAACACCAUGAACAAUCAUAUGAAUAUGAGUCAUAUGGGAAAUUCGCAACUAAGUGGUCCACCCAUGGGUAGUCCAAUGAAUAAUAUGAAUAGUGGACCUAUGGGUAGCCCAAUGAAUAAUAUGGGUCAUAAUAUGGGCAGCCCUAUGGGUGGACCUUUAGGUUCUCCUAUGAACAUGGGAGGAUCUAAUCACAUGCCUAAUGGACCAAUGAACAUGAACAACAUAAAUAGCCAUAUACCGCCCAACAGUCCAUUAAAUGGACCGUCAUUAAACAAUGUAAACAGUCCACUGGGACACAAUGGAUCUCAACCUCAUCCGAAUCAUAUGGGAAACAAUCUUAACAACUUAGGAAGACCUAUGAACGGACCUAUGACAACCAUGAGUUCGAUGGUGUCAAACAAUAUGAAUAUGACUGGGCCAAAUCAGAUAAACAAUAUGAAUAUGGGUGGCCCAGGAAUGAGUAAUAUGUCUAAUAUGAAUAUUAGUCAUCACAAUCAAAUGGGAAGUCACAUGGCAGGUCCAAUGGGUACAAUGUCCAAUAACAUGGGUAGUGGGCCACCUAUGGGACAUCCUAUUAAUUCCAUGGGAGGAUCUAUGCCACCACAUGGAUUUCAAGGUCCGCCGGGAAUGGGUCCAAAGCCAAUGCCAAUUUCUGCGGGCAAAAUAUACCCUCCAGAUCAAUCAAUGGUAUUCAAUCCACAAAAUCCUAACGCGCCACCAAUUUAUCCCUGUGGAAUUUGUCAUAAAGAAGUACAUGACAAUGAUCAGGCAAUUCUGUGCGAAUCAGGUUGUAAUUUUUGGUUUCAUAGGAGCUGCACAGGAUUGACAGAAUACGCUUACCAAUUAUUAACGGCAGAGGUCUACGCGGAAUGGGUGUGUGAUAAGUGUUUGCAAUCGAAGAGCAUACCCCUGGUUAAGUUUAAACCAUAACACUUCGUGUCCCGUCGUUUAUGCGACGCUCCAGUGACUAUUUGUUAGCGUUUAUAUGUGGUACACGCACAUAUGCGUGUGCAAUUGUGCACACGUAAUACAUACAUACACACACACCCACUCACACAUACACAGACACACACUCUAGCACAUAUUAAUGCACGUGCGAAGUCGUGCAUUCAAUAUAAAAAUGCGCUGUUUGUUAAUAACUUAACUUUAACUUGUUGAAAUAUUAGGAUAUCAUUGUAAGUUGUAUCGAUAAAUAUGAAAGCAGAGAUAACAUUCAAAUGUCAUUUUAAUUAAUCAAGUCUGUUGACAUGACAAAUGGAUUCACAUAAAUUAAAUUCACAAAAAAUUAAAUUAUUAAUAUUUACUAUUGAAUCUCAACAAAUAAUAUAAAAAUAAUUGGCAUGUUUUUUUUAUUUAAAAAAAUUACUAUACAAAGUAUCUUAAAAUUUAAAUCUUUGUGUCUCAAAAGGUUUUAAAAUUGUGACUAGAAAAAUAUUAAAUUUUUAAAUGACGAAAUAUCUCAGAUUUAUGGAGGACUGGUAUUUUUACGACUUCAAUUGCAUUUAAUUCAGAAUCAAUGAUACCUACAUACGUUCGGUAUUAUUAACAAAGCAGACGUAAGACGUAUAUUAGAGAUGAGCUGCGAACAAUUUUGCAUCGUUCUUGUUUUAUCCUGUAUUAACGUUCCUGAUAAACAUCAUAAUAAAUGUUAUCAUCUCCGCAAUUGAUAUUUAAAAGUGUGAAAUCAAUUUGUACAAGUACCAUUUGUCAUCAGAGCUAUAAUACAUCAAUUGUGAUUUUUUCGAUAUUUUUGGAAAGAUAUGAACAUUAAUAUCGAAAUCACAUUGAUAUAUUGAUCAGGGAGAUCAUAUAUAUAGACACGUAUAUUACUUAAAUUGGUUUUUGGUUUAUUGCAGAUAUACAAAUAUAUCGCCUUUAUCAUGCAGAUGAUAUAUUUAUUGUGAUACAAAUUAUGUCGCAAGUCCUAUUUUUAUUGUUAAAUCUACAUGUUUUAUUAAAUUUAAGUAUAUGACUUAAUACAAUCAGCAUGAAUGGAAUUAAGCUAAUUCCAUUCGAGAAACGGAAUUACACAAACACAAUGCAGUAUUGAUACUCCCAGGCGAUAUACUUAAAAAUGCUGCAAUUCUUAUAUUUUUAUAUGUCAUCUAUUUUAGUAUAAAAAAAGACCAUGGUAAAUUUAAUUUUAAUAUCUCUGGUUUAUUUUAGUACCUUGACUUUUCCAAAUCUAAUCGAAAAAAAAUUUUAAUUAAAUAUAUUUGUUUGUAAAUAAAAUGAAAGAUAAAAACAAAAGAAAAAGAACAAUGUGGUAGAAAUUUUUUCGUAAGCACAAGAUAAGUAAGUUUUUUGCAGUUUUUAAAAAGAUCUAAUAGCAAAUUCGAUUAGAUGCAUGGUACACGCACUAGCGCAUAUUUAAAGGCUGUUAUACAUAAAUGAUGUAAAGAAAUGUGCAGCGUAUAACAGAUUGAAUUGUUUUUGAUAAAAUAUAUGUUGAUGAAUUGAUAAAAUAUAUUUUAUCAAUUCAAGAUGUUUAAGUAUGCUUUUACGUUUAGAUAAAUUGAUGGUACAACAGGCUCUAUAAUUUGCGGCAGUAUUGGUGUAAUCGAAUUUGUAACAGGAAGGAAACUGAAUUUUAAGUUUUUUUUAAAGUAAUUUAAAAAAUUUUUUUUAUGUGUUAAUCGUAUAAUUUAGUUGAAUUAUAUAUUGUUGCCAUGGCUUAACUUUUGAUUUAACUGCGCGGUUAAAUUAGGAUAUAAGAAAUAUAUUUCUAAAGUUGUGUAAAAAGUUUUUAUGAAAAUAUUACGUUUUAUUUAUAAAGUAAUUUUUAAUGAGAGAGACAGAGAUUGCUUGAGCACACAGCAGAAUUUAUUUGACUGAUAUUAACAUGCAGAUUUUUCCAUUGUAACAGAAGAUUUUAUAUAACUUAAUAGAAAUUGGUUAGGAAAUAGAAUUAGCACAAGCUCUAACGUUUGAGCAGAGCUGAAGUGCAAAAUGGCAUUGUUAAGAACUAAUUAAAAUUGUAAUUGCAUUUUUGGAAUUGCGUCGAUUACAUAUCUUUUGCUAGUAUUUGUUUUUAUAAUUUGCAAUUUAUCUGAUUAUCACUAGCUUAUCUAUAAAAGAUAAUAUAUAGCGAAUUUGAGUAGUGCACAUAAAGACUGUUGUACGUAAAAUGACAUAAAGGCAUACUAUAGUGCAUACAUUGUUGGAUCAAUGCGAUGUUUGGCACAGUGAUUUCUUUAGUAGAUACGUUGAACAUUUUACUGUUCAAGGCGCCUAUACUAUGUAUAUCUAUUUAGAUAAAUUAAUGUACAACAGACCUUGAUCUGCACUAGUGCAUUCAAUCAAAUCAUUGGUAUAAAUUCAAACUAUUUCGAAAUAAAAAAAAAACAAUUAUAAAGUCUCUCAACUUCAUGAUAAAGGAAUCUGCACGUUUAACAGUUUUAACUAGCUAGCGUAAUCUUCGCAUCUGCCAGGUUUAUAGUAAAAGUAUCGACGAUAUAAAUAUAAAAAGGAAAAAGCGUAUUAUUGUCAGGAGAUUAACUGUUAAAACAAGAAAACUAAAUUCCGUCGGCAGCUAAUACAAAAUUAUCGUCUACGGAUUGUAUAGUUUUUUAUAUGUAUAUGAAAUUAGCCAGAUAUAUAUAUACAUAUAUACAUAUAUAUGUAUAUCAUUUAAUGCCUGUAUUACACGGAGAUCUGAUUUGAUGAAAAUAAGCGGAAAUCUUUAUUAGAAUUAAUGUCUAUUGUACCUCAAUAUUAGAUAAAUUUACUAAUUUUCUCAAUUUACAAAAAUUUAAUUUUAGAUCGAGAAAUUAAUUUUAGAACAAUUUCUUCAUCUAAAAUUAAAUUUUCUACUCGAAAUCUCCGUAUAAUUCAUGCCUUAAGCUUGUUUUACUAUAAUCGUUUUUAACACAUAUUAUAUGUGAGUAACAUACACAAGAUCCUACAUAAUGCUCAUAUUUUAGUAUUACAACGAAUAGGAUACCAUCUUCACAUAUCUUCUUUCUAUAUUUUCUUGUGUGGGGAGGAACGUCACGCUAAAAACCUGUUAACAUUGCUUUUAUUACGAAAGUUAAAAAAAUGCAGGGGAUUAAGCGAUUUACGAAGAUUUACACGGAUAAUGUUGUCAAUGGCCGAAGCAACGGAUGUAAUCAUUUUCUAGUACAAAAAAGUAAAUGAGCUGUAAUUUAAGUGACUAAGGAUAAUGUUUAUUUUUCACAGAAUUAAACUAUAAGUGUUUAUAUAAUUUUAAAGACGAUCGAUACACACGUCCAUUCGUGACACGGAGCAUCCAUCUCUAUACACGUCGCGUAAUAAUUCCUUUUUUGAUUUGUUGAUGAUUUUGAAUGUGUGUUUUACACGACGAUAGAGCUUAACCCCCUCUUGUAAAAAUUUGUUGAAAACAAAUGCAUUUUAUAUAUGUCCAACUGUUUGUCUGAUUGCACUUUCUUCAAACGCAGUUACCUUUAUUUUCAGGAAGUAUGUAUAUAUGUCGAAACAUAUGAUGAAAUGAUUUUAUUUUUACGGAGAUGGAAAUAUUUGGCAUGAAUAUACACAUUUUGCGGUCUUUUCUUUUUAUAAGCGAUAUAAUAUAGGCUAUCGUAUAAAUAUCUAUUGACUUUAUGUACAUAAGCCUUUCUAUAGCUAAGAUUUAAUAUGGUGGGGAAUCAAGUGAGAGAGACGCGCAAAUAUUUGCCGUAUUUGCAUACAGUGGUUUUAUGUAAAUAAUAUAUAUCACGUUAAAAAAAAUUCAUCGACCGUAAUGUGUUGGAUGUAUUUCGCACUAAUUCUUGUUCUUACAAUGACGUAACAUAGCGCAGUUUACAGUCGAGGGGGCCGAUGUUACAUCGCCUACAUGCGUCCUGCGAAGUGUCGCUAUCAUUUGGCGCAGUUUUAUGGAAAAGGGAAAAUGAUAACUUAGGAAGACUGACCGCAAUUUAGAAAUUUAAGAAGAAGCAACGCAUAAUUCUUGUUGCCAAUUCGGCGCACCGCUUUUACAUACACACUCACAUACAUACACAUACACAUUAUUUUGUAUAAAAUUGCGAAUUAUUGUUAUUCCGACUUUGAAACUUUGAAAGAACUUUGAAUUCUCGAUUAUGUCGUAACACACUCUUGAAACGCGCGUCUACCACAGGCUCGGUUUACCGAUUGCGACACGUGAAAACGAUGAAACGUGAAGACGAUGGAAAAAAAAAAAAUAGCAGGAGGAAAGAGAAGCUGAAGAGAGCGACAGUGAAACGCUGCGACGAAACGACGUGGACGCAAUAUCAUGAACGGGGCAAAAACCAGCACGCGACAAAUUGUUCAUAGAUUAUUUUUUAAUAUUUUUUAUCAUGUGAAUAUAGAAUAUAUAUCAGCAAUAAAAAUUGUUAUACAUA